AUGGCUGACCUCUCCUCCUACCGCCGUCAACCUCUCAUCCCUUCCUACCUUUACAAUUCUUCCUUUUCUUCUCAUUUGGCUGCUUCCAAAACCCUUGCUUCUUCCUCCCCUGCUCUCCCUGCCCUUUCCCCUACUCCUGCCCCUUCCCCUCCGGCCAAUGCUUCAUUUGUCAUUCCCUCUCCCUCGGAGCCCCCUUUUGGCAAGAUCGAGUUGUACUCUCCCGCCUUCUACACUGCCUGUACCUUUGGUGGUAUCCUCAGCUGUGGUCUCACUCACAUGGCCGUCACUCCUCUUGACCUUGUCAAGUGCAAUAUGCAGAUCGACCCUGCUAAGUACAAGAGCAUCUCAUCUGGUUUCGGAGUGUUGCUGAAAGAACAAGGAGCUAGGGGCUUCUUCAGGGGAUGGGUGCCAACCCUGCUUGGCUACAGUGCUCAGGGUGCCUGCAAAUUUGGAUUCUAUGAGUUCUUCAAGAAGUAUUACUCCGACAUUGCUGGACCCGAGUAUGCUGCCAAAUAUAAGACUCUGAUCUAUCUUGCUGGUUCUGCUUCUGCUGAAGUUAUUGCCGAUAUUGCUCUUUGCCCCUUUGAGGCCGUGAAAGUCCGCGUCCAGACUCAACCUGGUUUUGCAAGGGGAUUAUCUGAUGGGCUUCCUAAGUUUGUCAGAUCUGAAGGUGCACUUGGGCUGUACAAGGGCUUGGUUCCUCUUUGGGGACGUCAAAUUCCUUAUACAAUGAUGAAGUUUGCAUCAUUUGAGACCAUCGUGGAAAUGAUCUAUAAGUAUGCUAUCCCCACACCUAAAAGUGAAUGCAGCAAACCUCUGCAACUUGGUGUGAGUUUUGCAGGUGGAUAUGUCGCUGGUGUCUUCUGUGCCAUUGUAUCUCACCCUGCCGAUAACCUUGUCUCUUUCCUGAACAAUGCCAAGGGUGCCACCGUCGGUGAUGCUGUGAAAAAGAUGGGACUAUUGGGUCUUUUCACCCGAGGGCUUCCUCUCCGUAUCGUCAUGAUUGGAACCCUCACUGGGGCCCAGUGGGGAAUUUAUGAUGCUUUCAAAGUCUUUGUUGGACUGCCAACCACUGGUGGUGUUACCCCUCCUGCUGCUCCCGAGCCUGCUAAGGCUUAG